AUGAGGUUGAGGCUGCAGGUCAAGAAAGCGCCGCCCGAGUGCGAGGCGGGCCAGCUGACCUGCGGCCAGUACGUGUUCAACAAGACGUACUGCAUCCCGCCGCACCAGCGCUGCGACAUGCACGUCGACUGCGUGGACGGCACCGACGAGGCUGACUGCAUGUACCGCAAGUGCCAGACUGAUGAUUUCCAGUGUGGCGUGGAGGGCGCGGGGCACGGCAAAGUGUCUUCACAGGGGCCUUGUAUACCUAAGGAAAAGAAAUGUGAUGGCUACUUAGACUGCAGAACAGGCAAGGACGAGCAGGACUGCCCGGGGCAGAGCCUGGCGUGCCGGCUGGACCAGUUCCGCUGCGCUUCAGGCACCAAGUGCGUGGACGCCACCGCCAAGUGCGACCACAAAGACGACUGCGGGGACAACUCCGACGAGGCGCAUUGUAGUUUCCCAGCCUGCCACAUCGGUCAGUUCCGCUGCAGCAACGCGCUCUGCAUCCCGGCGACGUACCACUGCGACGGAUACAAGGACUGCGCCGACGGCUCCGACGAGGCCAACUGCACCGCCAUCGCCUGCCCCGACAACAAGUACCUCUGUCCCAAAGGCGGCCCCGGAGGGACCCACAAGUGUAUUGCCAGGAGCCAGCUGUGCGACGGCAAGAAGGACUGCGAAGAUAAUGCUGAUGAGGAGACUGCUUGUUCGACUGCAUCAUGCCCAGCGCUGGAAUGCGAGUACAAGUGCGUGGCUUCGCCGGCGGGCGGCGCGUGCGCGUGCGGCGCUGGACUGGCGUUGGCCGCCGACAACCGCACGUGCGCCGACCGCGACGAGUGCAAGGAGUGGGGCUACUGCCACCAGUUGUGCGUCAAUACUCCCGGCUGUAAUAAGCACCCUUUUCUCUCCACCACGACCGCAAAAUUGAAUCGACAAUCGACUCCUAAUAACUUCUGA